AUGGCUGAACGUCAAGACGUGGGUUCAAGUGAGGAGGCGCCUGCUGCAGACACAUACCCCAGAAAAAUACUGGAGUAUAUGGAAGGCUUCCUCAUCUCCAAGACGGUGUUCACGUCCUGCGAGCUGGGUGUGUUUGACGUGUUGCUGGGUGCAGAGCGCCCUCUGUCUGCAGAGGAGAUCAGUGAGGCGGUGGGCGCCAGUCUGGACGGCACAGAGAGGCUGCUGGCUGCCUGCUCUGGCCUGCAGCUGCUCAACAUACACCAGGACAACGGACGAGUGUUUUACAGCAACACAGAGCAGGCCAAGGUCUACCUCACCCGCUCCAGCCCUUUGUCUCUCUACCAGUCCAUCCAGUACAGCUCCAGAACCAUCUACCUCUGCUGGCACUAU